CGAAGAUGAAGAUGAAGUGGACGAUGAUGAAACAGGUGAUAUUGUGCGCCCAGAUCAAAUGCAGGUAAGCAUUAAAUUUAAAUUUACUAAAUUUAUAUAUUUUUAAAAAUCUUUAUUCUAAUAAAAUUUAUUUUUCAACAGUGAAAUUGACUAAAUUAAAUAUUCUUUUCACUAUUUUAGAGUCAUUUAAAAUGCAUUCCCUUAUUCUUAAUUCAUUUAAAAGAACAACAAUUUAAUUAAUUAUUUUAAGCAGGCUAUAUUGAAAUUAUGUUUUGGUGAAGAUAUAGGCUACCAUGUAACUCUUACAGAUUAUAAUAUUAAAAUUAUGUCUGAUUUUCAUAAAUAUUUUUAUUGGCAAAAAGUAAUUUAUAAUGACCAAAAUUACAAAUAGUUUUUUCUUUUUUAAAGAACCUAACGGUUGCCAGUCAAGAUAUUUCAGUGAGUUCUGAUGUCAACCAAAGCACUACAUCCCCGAGUAUGUCUGACCUGAGGGGACAUCAUCCCCAACAGGAUGCGUAUGUUAACCACACAACCAGCAUGACAGCCCACAGUUUCAUGAAUACUGGAAGGAGUAAGUGUUAGGAUUGAGAUGUUCUUAGCAAUUAAAGUGAGCAGUAAUAUAUAACGUGUGCUUUCAAACAAAAAGGCCACGAAAUGAUAAUAUAUAAAGUUAUCAAAGAAAUAAUUUUUUUUAAAUUCUAUUUUUGUACGAUGUGUACCUUUUGUUAAUUUUCUAAAUGUUUUGAUAUUGCACUGAUGAGUAGAUAACUAACAUUAUAAAUGAGUAAAUUCAUUGAAAGAUUGUAUAAGAAAAGCCAAGUACAUUCAUUAAAGAAAAAAAUAAACUAAGUAUUUACCAGACAGAAUGGUUUAAUUUUUUGCCAUUUUAAUACAAACCAGUUAAUAAUCUUUUGGAUACUAUACAUUUGAAUUAAGGCAUGAUUAAGGUUUAAUUAACACGUAUAUUCUUUUCUUUAUAAAACCUAUUAUAAGAUGCUCUCUUAAAGGACUUUAAGAACAUAACAAGAGAAUAAUCUCAAUUUAUUGAAGUUAUGUAAAUGAAAUCUAAUUGAAUGAUUACUUUUUAAAAAAGCCUUCGUUAUGCAGACCAUUAAGAGUAUUUUCUAUUAUUCUUUAAGAUAAACUUUUCAAAAACUGUUGUGUCAAAACCUUUUAGCUGUUUGGCACUCUGAGACCAACACCCCUAAUGGUGGAAGUAGAUAUUCUGGAGAGUGGCAUCUCCCUCUAAACACAGCUAACAAUGGUUUGCACAGAGAAGCAAGACAACAGGACGUUUUCUCAGGAUCUUCAUCUCCUGAUGAAAGUCGUGAUGGAGCAAGUGAUGAUCAACACUGGAAAUUUGUCCAUGGGCAUCCAGGAGAUGAGCAUGUAAGUUUUUUAAAGCAGACUAUGUGCAGAGCCUCAACAUAACUUAUUGAUAACUCAGCAUAUAUAAUUUGUCUCAUCAAUAGCAGCUUCUAUAAAUUGAUAUGAUCCAAAUGCAUUGCCCAACAUUUGACAUAAAGAUAAAAUAUUGAAUAUCUUUUUAAAAAAAAAUUGAAAUACAUACCUCUGGAUUUAGUUUUUCCACAGUAAAUAAGUUCUCAUAUUUCAUUAUUGAUAGUCUAAUAUUUUUUGUAAAAAUUAAUAUCUGUGGACUCUCUUAAAUAAAUGCUAUCAUAUAUACAAUGUGGUCUAGACUGGUCAUUAAAGACCAAUUAUUUUCUUUAAAAAAUCUUUUUUACCAAAGAAUUCUUAGUUUUUACAAUUUUUGUAAAGACUAAUUAAUUUAAAUUUUCCUGCAAGAAGAAAUAUAUAAAAAUUUGAUUAUAUUAUAAUCAUGAAUUAUUAUUACCAGUAUGAACAUUUAGCCAUAAUAUAUUACAUAUAUACAUAACUCAAAAGGGAUUCUGGGUUAUUGAACUUAUCUAUUCAGUCUUGAUGUUGAAAUUCAUUUUUUUGAAAAGGUGUUUACCGUAUCUUUGGUUAUCUGAUAUCAAUUAUACAAACUGAUUUCUGCUAAUGAAGUUAUUGAAGAGUCAAAUAAAAUAAAAUUCAAUAUUUUUUCAGUUGGUAAGAUAAAUAAUGGCCCAAAAAAAGUUCUGGAGGGCUAUUUAAAUAUUUUUUUAAAGCUUUACACCUCUUCACCUUAAUCAUUGCUAUUUAUACUGAUAUUCAAAUCACAUCAUUAUUACACAGAUCUCUAAUUGGAUUUGAUUUUUACUUUGACGUUUCCUUUUUGACCUAUGCAAAACAUAGAAAGAGCUUCACUGGUAGAAGUGACAUGUCUAUUACUAUUAAAAAAUAUAUAUAUAGGCUCACUGGGGAGCAGAUCAUGGACAGACAAAAGUUGUUGUUGGACCAGGUAGUGCAACUUGGGCUGCACCUAAACGGGAACUAGAUGAUGAUCAGGCCCAUGAUUUACAGACCUUACAUCCCCAUGGAAGCUUGGAGCGACCUGGACACUGGGGUCAGCACAUCAGACCUUCUCAGCCUAAUCUUCAUGGUUGGCCUAAAGAAAUUGGUAGGCCUGCCCAAAAAGUUUGGUCCUCAAUUUAAAGAUUUCAAACUGCGUUACUUUGAAUUACUGUUCCUUCAAGUUCAUUGAUAUUUGAUUGUCACUUCCAGAACACAUUUCAGGACUUAACCAUUUAGAAAUUGCUGUGUGCUCUUUUAACCCUGAUAAUAAAAUUAAAAUAACCUAUACUUCAUGUAUAGACAAAUAUGGCUGUUUAGGAACUAUUUUGAAGUCUUUGCAUAUUUAAGAUCCCGAGCUACCCAAAAUACAUUUAUUGAUGAUAUCUUUUACAGUGCCAGCAGCAUUAUGAAAUAACUUUUGAUUUAAUGCUUAACAUGACUCUCUUAAUGAAUAUCUUAUAUAUAUAUAUAUAACAUUUGACAGGAUAUAUAACCCUUUCUUAAUAAAGCUAAUUUAAAGAAAGUCAUUUCGCUCUGUUUUAUCAACAUUUUAAUGUAUCCAGGUAGUGUGUUUACUCCUGAGCCUGAUCUUAACAAUGUGAGGAACUUAUUUGCCCUGCAGCCAGCCCAGACAGCACUGAGUGCACCAUCUGUUAAUGCCACCUACACAGAUCUAGGAACAGCAGGUGCUGGGGUAAGUAGACUGUAGAUUCUAUUUGAAUACCUAUACCUAUGUGUCUGUCAGAAUAAACUAGAACUUGUCAGUAAUAUAUUAGUAUUUUGUAAUAAUAAAUAAGCAUAUAUUUAUGCUAUCAUUUUUAUUUAAAUUCUGUGCUUCCUGCCCAUGUUGGUGUACACAUUUUUAAUGGAGCACAACUGUUCAAAUAAGAAAUGUAAAUUGACACACCCUUUAAGAAAAUAGUUUGUGGAUUUGAAAUUUAAUCAAUGACACCAUUUCAUUCAAAACACAAUCCUAAUAAUAAAAGACAAUUUUAAUGACUGACCAUUUUAGUGGCAUUUCUGAACUGUAGUGCCUCAAAAUGACUGUCAACAAUUAGGGAUUUAUUUUAAAGAUUAUACUUUAGAACAGGCCUUCAUAAUAUAUGGCCGCAGGCCGCAUGCAGCCCGCCAGCACCCACUUGGCAGCCCGCGAAGUAACAAAAUAUUCUUAAUUAUGAUUAUUUUCUUAAUAGCUUUCGCCCCUGUCCUAUUAUCUUUUGGCCCGCACAAGUAUUUUAUAAAGUAUUAACGCGUGCACAAGUUUUUCAUAAAAUAUUACGGCCCGCCUUACAUUUGGAGUUAUGCAGGCCUGCUUUGGAAAUCUUGGAUUAACAAAAAAUAUUUGAUUCAAACAUAGAAAGUUAACUUGUAAAUAAAAAUCAUAAAGUUAGGAAAUGGUAGUCUGUCAGAAUCAGUGUUUACAGUUUAAAAAAUUACCAGAACCAAAUGCAUAAAGAAAAAGGCAGAUUAUUAAAUAGUAGUUUUUUUCACAAAGACAUGGAACCUCGGAAGUCACCUGCCAGCAGGACCAGGUCUAAGUGCAUUACCCAGACCCUUACUUCGUCAUGACAUGACUUGCCAUAGAACAGGAACUCCUGGGCUGUACCAUCAGACUCCAACUCAGGGCUACUCUGGUUUUCAGGGACAAGGGAGAGAAGACUGGCAAACACAAGGUAACAAACUGAAAUAUUUUGGUAUCUUGUUUACAUUGUUUUAUAAAUGAACAGAUUAUUUUUGGAAAGUUAUUUAUUGGACUACUUGUAGGCCAAUAACUGAUAGUAAUUAAAGUCACAAUUAUUUUUUCAUUUAUCAGCUCUAAGCCCUGGGCCAUCUGGUCUUACUGCAGAAGUUCCAACAGAGCACUUCAAAAUAUCUGGUGUCCAGAGAGGCCAGGUCUGCAAAUCAGCAAUACUAACCAAACGUGGGAAAGGGAGGGGGGCAAGGGGAGGACUAACAUUGUCAGCUUCCAAUACCCAAAAUCCAAGCCAAGUCAGGACAACUCUUGAUCAGGUGAUUGUACAUAGUUAAAGAAUAUCUUACCUCCAGUUCCUAGUAUUAAAAACAGUUUACAAGCUAAAGCCUUUUUAGUUUUAACAUUUUAAAAAAAAUUGUAUGGACAUAAAUUUCAUUCUCAUGUUCUAAAUGAACUGCAAUUGAGAUUUAGAUUUGUUUAGGUCCGACAACAAACCCAUCCCUACCAGAUCAAAGAGCAGAAAAAGGUGGUGAGAGAUGUGUAUCCCGCUACUUCAGCCAAUGUUCAUACGCUCAAGGCAUCUCACAUUGUUUCCUGGUAGGUCCAUUAAAAGUUUGAUACUGUAUCUGUAACAUCUCUAGCAAAAGUUACAUUACAGAAAAGCAAUAUUAAUAAAAUAUAAAUGAUGAUGACUAAGUGGAUUAAAUUAAACUAAAAAAAUUAUGUAUGAAAUCUGGGACCAAGCAAAAUCAACUUAUAGUUUAUUUUAUAUGAUUGAAGCUCAGUUGAAAAAGUAUCAUCUCCAAAGCAAAAGUUUAAACAACAAAGCUUACAUACAAGGAGAAAAACUUAAAGUGAUGAACUGAACAUUUGUAUCCCUCAAAACAAAAUUUGAAGUAAUUUUUUUUUUUUUUUUUAGAACUUUACCUCUUUGUCAUGGAUAACAAUUACAAAAUAAAAUCUCAACAGGUACAUCGAUUAUUUGAUUCACGAGAAUGAACAUCUGACUCAAAUCUCCAGAGCAUUUUCCCUACCUGUCAACCUUUUCCAUUCAGAUGACUUUUACUUUAUGGAUAGCCUGAAGAAAAAAGUAAAUGUUUUAUGUGUAUCAGGUUGAUUUGCUUUAUUUGUAGAAUAGCAAAGUACUGUAUACUGUGGACCUAAAAUGAAUAUAAUUGAAGCUAAUUAUGAGUAGUCAAUAUUAUUUUUGAGUUUUCUUUGAAAUCUUCAAAUAUGGGAAUGAUUGAUAAGAGAGCUAAAACUGAUAAAUUUUAUAAGCCGUUUUUUAAACAUUAAAAAAAAUUCAGCAGGUCAGAGGAGUGUUCAUUAUUGAAUUUUACAAAGACCAAUGGAGAAAUUAUUUUCAAAAAGUGUUAUUUAAGCUUAAAUUUGUUGAAAUUAUUAUGGAAAUGUAAUGAUGAUAACAAGACAUACAGCAACAUGGACAAAGGUUAUUGUCAUUUCCUCGUAAGUAUGGUUAUUAAAAAAAAUAUUUCUGUAACUAGCCAAUAGGCUGCUUUGUAUGGCAACCAGUAAGGAAAUAAACAAAAGCUUGUUAACAUCUUCUGGCUAGCCUAAAUGGGAAUAGUUUGUUUAAUUAACAAUAAAAUGAUAGAAGCAUGACCAUAACUAAGUUACCAGUCAUGGGUAUUUUGAAUCACUGCCAUGAAUCAUAAAACUUUUAUUAAAAGACCUACUUUUUCAUCUGAUUUUAUCCAGGUACACUUUCCAAGCCUUAAGUUCUUAUCUUGGAUGCAGCAGAAUCUUCCAAGCAUUAACGUCAAUGCUAUAGACUUCCAUGAGGGGAGACCGCCAGUGAUGUCCACCUGGAACCAAGAUUGGUUCUGGCAAAAUAAAUCCAGGCGAGACAUCAUCCAUGAUGUAUUCUUCUACUUUCAACAUCGUAGAGUUACUUGUGAGAAUUAGCAUUAACAUGCAGUACAAUAGUCCUGAUGAUCAGAAAUGAUGAUGAUAGCAGUAAUAUUUGAACAAAAUGGCAAAAAAAAAAAUGUAAUGGUACUGACAUUGGUCUCAUGGUAAUAACAAUUUAAGAGCUGCU